AUUCAUAGACCCAUUCACUACUAAUUAGCUUCCACUAGUAGCAACAGAUCAACAGUUUGAAAUGGACUACCUUCUGCUCUUCUACUCUCUCCUGCUCCUCACUAUUGUGGAUCAAACUGACUCCAUCAGACCAGCCACUGGUGCUGGACUAUAUCUAUCAAGUGAUCCAGAUAGUUUUCUUCCUGAUUAUUCCAUGAUUGAUACUGAUGCACUGGGGCCCAAUACCACACUGGUCUGUAUAUCCUCAAUGAAUGAUACUAGCACUAUUGGCCUGUGGUAUUAUCCUACUGGAGACCUGGUCCCAAUGGCAGCUAUUGAUAAUACUGGCCCAUUCAGCAGUGUAAGAGGAACUGGUAGUGUAUCACUGAGGAGGAAUGAUGAACUACUGGAGCCUAUUGAAGGAUUGUAUAAGUGUAUCAUUAGUGAUGAGACUGGAGUCAAUGUAACACUGGUCAUUGGUCUAUACAAUACUAGCUCCUAUGCCCUCAAUGGUGGACCAGUUACUGAUGCAAACAUGACCCUGGGUUUGUUUUCACAAAGUCACAUGAACCCUCCAACAUUUUCUCUCUCCUUCAAUGUAUCCAAUGGACCACCCACUCUCAUUACAUGCUACAUUAAUGGCAGCCCAGUACACCAUCAUUCAUUGGAGCGUAUGAUAGUCAAUGGUAGUGGAUCAGUUACUGGAGUAUCAGUAGUGGUUACUAGUAAUGAGACUGGUACUUAUACUUGUACUGUAUCUAAUGACAGAGUAUUUGAUGGGACUAUUAAUGGGGUUACUGCAACUAACAGCACCACAACACUAGCCAUUACUAGGUCUGAUGCUCCAGUAAGUUUCAAUGCUUCAAGGAGAAAUACUGGUCUAAAUCAUGUAAGGCUCUCUUGGUCAGCAGUACCAGGAGCUACUGAAUACGAGGUCUAUCUCAGUAUAAUGAAGUUCUCAUUGUACAGAAGUUUAGCAAAUUCAACUGAAACACAGGUGGACAUAACAUCAGGAUUGUUUGAAAAACAUAAUAAUACAUUUGAUGUCAUUGCUUAUGGUAGCACUUCUUUACCAAGUAUACCUGUUAAUACUACCAUUACAUUAACUGUUCCGACUAUACAUGAUUUUACAGUUAUUGAUCGCUCCACUUCUAAUAUGACAUUGGAAUGGAGUCCUCCUAAUGUUAUAGCUCCAAACUCUUAUAAUAUUAAUUAUCGAUGUCAUAGAGAAUGUGAUUUAUCUGAUCUAAAAAGUGAAGAAUUUACUAAUGUCCUCUCACCUCAUCAAGUCACUGGAGUAGAUCCAUACAGUACCUGUGGUUUUGAUCUCAUUGGUGUCUAUGGAAACGAAAUUAUAUACCUUGUUACCAAUCGUCAAGGCAUGACACUCUCAGCAACUCCUACUGCUCCAGUAGGUUCCAUUACAUUUACAUCAGUAACUUCAGAAUCAAUGAAUGUAUCAUGGGGCCCUGUACCUUGCAAUGGAAGGAAUGGACUCAUUGCUGGAUAUUACCUAUCAUACACUGGGUCUACUCUUAAUAUCACUGGUAGUGAUACUAGACACACUGUACUGGAUGGAUUAAUGCCAUACACUAACUAUACAGUAUCAGUCACUCCAUAUGGUGUCAAUGGUGAAGAGGGUCCUCCAUUGGAUGGAGCCCAGUUAACAGGAGAGGGUGUACCUGGUCCAGUACAGGGUAUAUCAGUAACAACUACUGGAGUAACAGAUAUGAGUCUAACAUGGGCUAGACCACUGACCACUAAUGGAGUCAUUACUGUUUAUGAAAUAGGCUACAAUCAUAACCUGAUCAAUACAACAGAUACAUAUAUUAGUAUCAAUGGACUGGCUCCUGAUACUAGUUACACUGUCAGGAUAAGAGCAUACACUAGUGCAGGGUCUGGUAACUGGAGCACUAUAGUACAGUCUACCAGUGACAUACCUACUGUUAAUGGCCUAUCAGUAUUACAGUUGAACAAUACAUCAGUUAAUGUCACGUUGAGGAUAACACCCUUCCUGACAACUGCAGUGAUAAGAUAUAAAGUGUACUAUAGUAGCAGUGCUGGUAAUGGUACAGGAACUAGUGUAGUGUUUAAUGAUACUAAUGGAGUCAUCACUGGACUGGGGACUAAUAUGAAUUAUACUAUGAGGGCAUGGAUAAUAAUAAUAAUAAAUAAUGGAACCAAUUAUGAAGGAAUGAGAUCAGAACCUACAACCAUACUGAUUGAAGAUCUAAAUACUCAAUCAACAACAUCAAUGAUAUCACCCAGUAUCACACUAAUGCAAUCAAGAUCAGAAUCAAAAUCAGAAUCAAUAUCAAGGUCAAUGAUAGUCACUGAAUCAAAUACUAUAUCGAGUAACGUCAACACUGAUUCGGGACUGAUAAUUGGCAUCAGCGUGUUAAGUGGAUUAGUGAUUGGUCUUUUAAUUGUAAUAUUAAUAAUAUUAAUAUUAAUAAUGAUGAAAAGGAGGAAGAGGAUCAAGAGAUCACUGGACAUUGGAAGAGGCACUGCUUCUCCUGCUGGCAUUACUACGUCCACUGUUAUUCUUAACAUGCACUGUGGUGUGAUUGAAAAUCCAACAUACAGUAAAGUGGAAGAGUCAAUGGCUAAUGGUGGAUCACCACCACCAGCAGCAUCAGCACCAGUGGUAUAUGAUGUACCUAAACUGAGUGACACUGAUGGACACUAUGAUACACCUACACUACCAGCAAGAAUAAAGGAGACACCAUAUGAGGACAUUGAUGGGGAGAGGAUAGACAUUACCCCAUCAGACUAUGAGGUACCAUCACUGACUCUUAAUGGACACCAUUUAGCAGAUGAUGGAGGAACCUCUAUUGUCAUUGAUAAUCCACAAACUUAUGAAGUACCUUCUCCACAAUACGACAGUAAUAAUAAUGAUAGUAAUAAUAAUAAUAAUAAUAUAUCACAUCAUAUUGGUGACUCAUAUAUGACCAUGAACUAAAUAUUAUUUUAUCAGUUUAUCAGUGUACAUGUGAUUGCUGUAAUUUCAAUUUAAUAUUUAUGCAUUUGCCAAAU